AUGAGUUUAGUCACUUCUGUGUCAAAAAUAAUGUUUAUCAGAGGUUCAAACAAGCUGAUAUGCCACAACAAGGAGACGUUCGUCAAACUUCUAAAAAACGAGAGUCAACCUCUGAUUACAGUAUCAAACCAUCGUUCCAAUAUUGAUGAUCCUCUUAUGUGGUGUAUCUUGAAGUUCCGUGAAUUCUGGCGCUACAAGGAUCGUCAUCGGUAUACACUGGCUGCCCAUAACAUUUGUUUCACAAAGCAGUUUCAUACAACAAUGUUCUCCUUGGGACGCUGUGUUCCGUGUGUUCGUGGGGAAGGAGUCUAUCAAAAAGGCAUGGAUUUCUGCGUCGAUAUGCUGAAUGAUAACAAAUGGGUGCACAUCUUCCCCGAAGGAAAAGUUUGCGUGGCUGCCGAGGAACCACUCCGAUUCAAAUGGGGAAUAGGAAGAUUAGUCAUGGACGCAAAAACAGAUCCAAUCAUACUUCCUGUGUGGUGCAAAAGAAUGGAAGAUGUUUGGCCGAUUCAUCCGCCGUACUAUCCGAAAUUUGGAAAUACUGUGGAAGUUUAUAUAGGAGAGCCAUUUUCGCUAUCUGAUCUGAAAAAGAAGAUUUCGUCAAAAGGUUUGAGCACGGAGCAAAUGAGGAAGAUCAUCACCGACGAAGUUCAAACACGGAUGUGUCAAUUGGGAGAGAAAGUCAAUGAUCUUCCCAAAGGAUCUGCCCAGGCAAUUCUGCGAAAAAAUCCUCCGAUCGAAUAUUAG